AUGUGUCGUAAGCGAAAAAGGAGGGCAGUUCUCAGAUAUCGCUUGCCAGUUGGAGAGAAUAUAAACCUCCGUAAGAGUUACUCCUCCUGCUUUCAUGCUCCUUGGCGAUGCAGAGGUGUUCCCGCGAUCCACCAAUCAGGAGGUAAACCCAAACGGUCUCCAUCACGGCAGGAGAGAAGGAGAGAAAGCGAAGGAGAGACAGAACUGUUAAGUGUCAAGCCGAGGGAUCUGCAGACCGUCAUGGCACCUAAAAGAGUUGGCAUCGUAGGUUACGGCCACCUAGGUAAGUUCCUAACCAAAGCAGUCCAGGAAAGACCAGAUCUGGAGUUGGCCUUCGUGUGGAACAGACGACCUCGGUGUUACACGGUGAAGUGGAGGGCAGGUAGGCUCCCAGCAUAUACAACAUACAAGCCUCCAACAUAUACAACAUAUAAGCUUCCAACAUAUACAACCAUACAAGCUUCCAACAUAUACAACCAUACAAGCUUUUACCAUAUACAACCACCCAAGUCUUUAAAUUCCACAACCAUGCAAGCUUCCAACAUAUACAACCAUACGUCUUAA